UCCGGUAGCGUCUGUGUUGUCAAAAUGGCAGGACAGGAGCACCAGCACCACCACCACCACUUCUCUCUGUGUUUCUGCGAUUUAAUGAGGUUGCUGUGGUCCCUGGUGGUCCCCUGCGUCUACCUCAGCCUGCUCCUGACCCUCGUCCUGCUGCUGCUCCUGCUGGGGGUCCGCAUGUGGCUGCGGGGCCGCCGCCAGGCCCGCCGGGCUCAGGGCGGCGGCCCCGCGGUGGCUUUCUUCCACCCGUACUGCAACGCCGGAGGAGGCGGGGAGCGGGUCCUCUGGUGCUCCCUGAGGGCCCUCAUGCACCGAUACCCCGGCGUCUCUUUUGUGGUUUACACGGGCGACCAGGGAGUGACCGGCGAGCAGAUUCUGGAGGGAGCCCGACAGCGUUUCAACAUCACGCUGCCUCGACCGAUCACCUUCAUCUUCCUGCGUCACCGCACGCUGGUGGAGGCCAGCUCUUACCCUCACUUCACCCUGCUGGGUCAGAGCGCCGGCUCCAUGUUCCUCGGCUGGGAAGCGCUGACCGCCUUCGUUCCUGACCUGUUCGUGGACUCGAUGGGCUACGCCUUCACCCUGCCCAUCUUCCGCUACCUGGGUGGCUGUAAGGUGGCGAGCUACGUUCACUAUCCCACCGUCAGCACCGACAUGCUCUCUGUGGUCCGAGAGAGGAACCCCAGAUUCAACAACGCCGACUUCAUCUCCAGAAACCCGGUGCUGAGCGCGGCGAAGGUGGUGUACUACUGCUGCUUCGCCCUGCUGUACGGCCUGGCCGGCUCCUGCAGCGACGUCAUCAUGGUCAACUCCACCUGGACGCUGGGACACAUCCUGGCCCUGUGGCGCUGUCCCAACCGCACCAGCGUCGUCUACCCGCCCUGCGACGUCAGGGCCUUCCUGGACGUCCCGCUGGAGGAUGAGGACGAGGUGGAGGAGGGCUGGGAGGAGCUCGGACGGGAGCUCGAAGAGGAAGGAGGAGGGGACAGGAAGUGCCACGCCAUCGUGUCGGUGGGUCAGUUCCGACCGGAGAAGGACCACCAGCUGCAGAUCCGGGCGUUUCACAAACUGCUGACCGGGAGGAAGGAGGGGCCAGGGGGUCGGGAGUCUCUGCGGCUGGUGCUGAUCGGCGGGUGCAGGAACCAGGAGGACGAGGAGCGGGUGCUGAUGCUGCGGGGGCUCUGCCAGGAGCUGGGCGUGUCGGACCGGGUCGACUUCAAACUCAACGUGGCCUUCGAGGAGCUGAAGAGGGAGCUGGUGGACGCCACCAUCGGUCUGCACACCAUGUGGAACGAACACUUCGGCAUCGGUGUCGUGGAGUGCAUGGCUGCAGGCACCAUCGUCCUCGCUCAUAAGUCUGGAGGGCCGAAGCUGGACAUCGUGGUGCCGUACGAGGGCGGACAGACGGGCUUCCUGGCCGACAGCGAGGACAGCUACGCCGCUGCCAUGGAAUCCAUCCUGGCGCUGUCUCCGUCGGCCAGACUGGAGAUCCGACGUAACGGCCGGCGCUCCGUGGAACGCUUCUCCGACCAGGAGUUUGAGGCUUGUUUCCUUGCCGCCACGGAGUCUCUGAUGAGUAAACUGGAGCGAUGAGGAAGAGCAGACGGGGCCGGCGGUCCAUCAGGGACCAGGACUUCAUUUAAUUCACAUUUAGUAAAGAGUGACCCAGUUUAAAACGAUAGACUCUGAUUCCUGGUGGACACGCAGCGCUAACAUUGUCCU